AUGUCCAUUCUUGCGGAACCGCGUAGAAAACAACGGCUGAGUGUGGAUCCACAAAAUCUGCAUUGGAAAGAUGAUAAACAAAAACUGUCGCGGCGGCUUAUGGAACGCAUGGGAUGGUCUGAGGGCGACGGACUAGGCAGGAGUAGACAAGGCCAAGCUGGACCGUUGCAACUAAAGGCGAACUAUUCAGGGAAAGGGCUCGGUGCUGACAAAUUAGCAUCAUAUGAUAGUACCUGGAUAGGCCACCAUGAAGACUUUGCCGACAUUCUCAACUCCCUGAACAAGCUUAAAGGGCAGAAUUCCGUUGAAGACGAGCAAAAAGAAGACCAGGUGAAGAAGAUCUCACUGGAGUUGAAUAGUAAAAGCCUACGACGAAGAAUCCAUUACCAGAAGUUUGUUCGUUCUAAAGACGUCUCGAGUUACUCGCCAAGUGACCGUUCCGCUGUAAUUGGAAUGGGUUUGAGCAGAAUUAGACCAGGAGAUUCUAAAAAAAUGGAGUCCUCAAGAAAGGUAGAACCAAGAAAUGAUGGCGUCUAUUCAUCGGACUCGAAGACGACAGUGAGCACGCUGUCGGUUAACGAAUACUUCGCUGUUAAGAUGGCUGCCUUAAAGGCUAAAACGGAACAGACUGUAGACGAAACGAAGGUAGAUUUCCUGGUUCUAUUUUGCAUUAAUGCUCAGUUCCCGAAAAAUUUUCACAGUAAAGUGAGAUUUCAUAGGUUGCGCAUCCUAAUGACGAGUACAUCAACUAUGAAGACCAUGCUCCAUGUGGUUGCUCAGCUGCGCUGGAUUUCCAUGCACUAA